AUGCUUACUUCAAGAUUCAGAAUCAAGACUUCAAGCUCUAUAAAGACCGGCAACCUUUUUAGCCCUUUAGCAAGCUUCAUAAAGUCUCUAAACUCAAAUGAGCCCAAAUCUAGCAAGAAUUCAUCUACCAAGUCUCCUAAAACGCCGAGCAAAUCCAACACUCCGACUAAAAAUAAGGGUCAUAAGAGCCAAAACUCAAACGCUUCAGAAAAGCUCACAAAGCUGACCCCAUAUCAAGGAAAAAUGAGGGCUUAUGGGUUUUUUAAAUGCCAGGAAUGCAACAGACAAUGGUCAAGUGGCUACAGCUGGGCUAAUAAAGGCCAGCAGUGCUUGACUUGUGAAAUCAAUGUAUAUCCCUAUAGACAAAGAAAAUUGGAACCAAAAAAAUUUAAAAGAGGAGAAAUAAGGAAGCCUCACCAGAUAAAGCUCUGUGAAAAAUGUCAGGAUUUGGGCUAUCCCUGCACAGAAUAUCGCCCUAGCAAGUCUGAAAUGGUGAUAUAUAGAGAAAGAAAAACUCGUUUGGAUUUUAACUAA